AUGCCGUGGGAACGGCGAGGAUCCGGCGGAAUUUUAAAUCUGCUGUGGUCCCCGACGCCCAGGCUACAAAAAGACUCCCGCAUUUGGAGGUGGCCAGAACGGCGACUAUCCUUCCAGCUCCAGCUUCAUGCCGAGGCUGUCAAACCAAGUAAACUAGUUGGGCUUCGUCCCACCCUCUAUGCCCCUAGCCGUCUCGCGCCUGAGAAGAAGGAAUCGCAGGGAGCUCAGGCACAGUCAUCGAAUCCUUACGCGCGACGGUUUGCACGCGAAGGAUCUAUGCACAAUCUCGACCGGUUUUAA